CCGUCCCGCCGCGCAGGCCCCCGCCGCCGCCGCCGCCAUGGCGCCCAGCCGCAAUGGCAUGAUCCUCAAGCCGCACUUCCACAAGGACUGGCAGCGGCGCGUGGCCACGUGGUUCAACCAGCCGGCGCGCAAGGUCCGCAGGCGCAAGGCGCGCCAGGCCAAGGCGCGGCGCCUGGCCCCGCGGCCCGCGGCCGGCCCGGUGCGGCCCGUCGUGCGCUGCCCCACGGUGCGCUACCACACCAAGGUGCGCGCCGGCCGCGGCUUCAGCCUGGAGGAGCUGCGGGUGGCCGGCAUCCACAAGAAGGUGGCGCGCACGCUGGGCAUCGCCGUGGACCCGCGGCGCCGCAACAAGUCCACCGAGUCCCUGCAGGCCAACGUGCAGCGGCUCAAGGAGUACCGCUCCAAGCUCAUCCUCUUCCCGCGCCGGCCCGCCGCCCCCAAGAAGGGCGACAGCUCGGCCGAGGAGCUGAAGCUGGCCACGCAGCUGACCGGGCCCGUCAUGCCCAUUCGCAACGUCUACAAGAAGGAGAAGGCCAGGGUCAUCACGGAGGAGGAGAAGAAGUUCAAGGCCUUCGCCAGCCUCCGCAUGGCCCGGGCCAACGCCCGGCUCUUCGGCAUCCGGGCGAAAAGGGCCAAGGAAGCUGCCGAGCAGGAUGUCGAGAAGAAGAAAUAAAAGUCCCUGUUUGGACCCGG